GUUUUCCGGUUUGCUCGGCUGUCAGGUAUAAAAGCUGCUCGGCGGGUCUCCGGUCCGCUGACGGUGAGAGGAGGCAGACAGCUGCAGCAUGCCUUUGAACGGAGCAGGAGUCCAGCAGACUGAAGGCUCCACGCCAGCAUCUCCCACAGAAGCAAAGGAGGACAACAUGACUGACAACGGCCACCAGCAGCAGUCUGAUAACGGGUGCAACCACCAAAGUCCAAACCAGAACCACAAACCACAGCAUGGAGACGGACCUGAGACGCAGACCCUGCCCAUGCCAGUCCCAGACCCCCAAAUUCAGUACACUAAGUUGUUCAUCAAUAACGAGUGGCAUGAGUCCUGCAGUGGGAGAAAGAUUCCUGUGUAUAAUCCCGCCACAGGGACGCUGCUCUGUGAAGUGGAGGAGGCUGACACAGAAGAUGUGGAUGAGGCAGUGAGGAGUGCCAGAGCCGCCUUUCAGAUGGGGUCACCAUGGCGAUCGAUGGACGCCUCAGACCGAGGUCAACUACUCAACAAACUCGCUGACCUAGUGGAGAGAGACCGGCUUCUACUAGCAACACUAGAGGCUCUGGAUUCUGGCAAAGUGUUUCUCAUGGCAUAUUUUGUAGAUCUGAUGGCCACAAUCAAAACUUUGAGAUAUUAUGGUGGCUGGGCAGACAAGAUUCACGGAAAAACCAUCCCUGUUGAUGGAGAAUAUUUUACUUACACACGACAUGAGCCCAUUGGAGUCUGUGGCCAGAUCAUUCCUUGGAAUUUCCCGGUGAUGAUGUUUGCUUGGAAGAUUGCUCCUGCUCUGUGCUGUGGGAACACUUUAGUCAUCAAACCUGCAGAACAGACCCCAUUAUCAGCCCUGCACAUGGCUGCACUCAUCAAAGAGGCUGGUUUUCCUCCAGGAGUGGUGAAUGUGGUGCCAGGUUAUGGACAGACAGCAGGCUGCGCCAUUUCCCACCACAUGGACAUCGACAAAAUAGCCUUCACCGGAUCUACUGCUGUUGGGAAACUGAUCCAGAGGGCGGCAGGUGACAGCAACCUCAAAAGAGUCACCCUAGAACUGGGUGGCAAAAACCCAAACAUUAUCUUUUCUGACUGUGACUUAGAGCAUGCAGUGGAGCAGGCCCACAGUGGCCUGUUCUUUAACCAGGGCCAGUGCUGUCUGGCUGGAUCCAGGGUGUUUGUAGAAGAACCCAUCUACGAGGAGUUUGUCCAUCGCAGUGUGGAGAAGGCCAGAGGGAAAGUCCUGGGAAACCCACUGCUGCCGGGGGUUGACCACGGACCACAGAUUGACCAGAAGCAGUUUGAUAAGAUAAUGGAGCUGAUAGAAAGCGGGAAGAGGGAGGGAGCCACGCUGGAGUGUGGAGGGUCUGCAUGGGGUCAGCAGGGACUUUUCAUCCAACCCACUGUCUUCUCAAAUGUCACAGAUGACAUGCGCAUCGCCAAAGAAGAGAUUUUUGGUCCAGUGCAGCUGAUCAUGUGUUUCCGAACGACCCGUGAGGUUAUCCAGAGAGCCAACGCCACGCAGUACGGCCUGGCAGCAGGAGUGUUCACUAACGACAUCGACAAAGCCCUAACUGUCUCUUCUGCUCUGCAGGCUGGCAUGGUGUGGGUAAAUUGCUACAAUGCCAUGAGUGUUCAGUGUCCCUUUGGUGGCUUCAAGAUGUCCGGGAAUGGGAGAGAACUGGGGGAAUAUGCUCUUCAGGAGUACACAGAGGUCAAGGCAGUCACCAUCAAAAUCUCCCAGAAGAACUCAUAAAAGCGUAAUUUCCAAGGACUGAAUUUCUCAUGUCAUUUGAAUUCUCUGCUGCCCCAUGGCUUCACAUCCACCACACACAUUGUGCAAUAAUCAUAUUGCACCCGGAUGUUUUGAAGGCAUCAUCAAUUCUGUCUCUCCAUGAACAUUUACUACUGUAAUUUCUCCUCUGAUACACCUAUUUUUUCAAAUUUGUGUCUCUUAGCUUAGUGGCGAUUCGUUUAUGCAUUUUCCUCUAGUGUGUAUCUACAUUUAUUUAACUGUGGCUAGUGAACAGCAUGUUCUCUGUAGUAGUCAGUUUUGUGUAUUUUAACCCGUUUAUAUUCAGUGAAAUAAUUAAUUAAAUAGCACUUUGCCUGAAAAUAAUUACUUUUAAUAGGUGUCAUACAAAAAAUAGAAAUACAUUUUACAUACUAUUUACAUGGAUUUACAAGGAACCAGUAAACCUUGCAAUGCAGUAAACACAAUCAUGUUUUUUCUUUACAAUGUGUUGUAGUACAACUAGAAUUACAGAUCAUGUCUGUGUCCGACAUUAUGUGAUUUAACUGUGUAGGCUGUGUCAUUUAAAUAAUUAUAGACAUUUUAAGAUAUUAAUUACACAGCAUGUUUGAAAACACUAGUCAUAGCGCCUUUCAAGGCAAAAAAGCUACUCUUAAAUAAAUUAAUGAAUAUUUAUAAAUGUAUUCUGUUGAUCAAUAAGAAUCAAUAAGAAUAAAACA